AUGUCAAAUUCAUCAUCAUCAUCAUCAUCAUCAUCAUCAUCAUCAUCAUCAUCAUCAUCAUCAUCAUCAUCAUCAUCAUCAUCAUCAUCAUCAUCAUCAUCAUCAUCAUCAUCGUCAUCAUCAUCAUCAUCGUUGAGACAACAUGUUUAUUUUUUCAUUUGGUGUUCAGUUUAUUAUGGUAAUGUAGCAAAUCAAUUAUUGACCAAACUGAAUGAAUUACGCGCUAAAGAUUUCUAUACUUCUGAUUCAGUAUCUAAUAAUAAUGAAUUAAAGAUACAUCAUGUAGUUUGGCUUAAAAUCCCUUUUCCAACCAGCAUAGAAAACAUUGACAACAUGAGUGAAACAGUGAAUGAUGCAAAUGAGAAAUUACAAUCGCAAACUGUUCAUGAUGAUAUAAAUAUGAUCAAUUUACUAUCAAUGUUAUAUCAUAUAGUUUUACCAAUAUCUUAUGAAUAUGAACCAGAUCUAAUUUAUCUAUUGAAUGGAUCUAAUAAAAUGAAAAAUGAAUUUGUCACAUCUGAAAGCUUAGCUCGAAUAAUUUAUUUAAUCAAUGGAUUAGGUAUACCAAUAUUGAUUAAUGGAUCAUCCAUAAAUGAAUUAUCUUCAAAUUAUUUAAUACAAAGUUUACAAGGAAAGCCAAUAUCGAUUGGAUUCAAUAAGUUAACACCAACUUCACCAUCGUCAAAAAUGAAACGCAUUAUUCAGCUUAUCAUACAACAAAAUCAUCAAAGAUGGAAAUGUUUAGGAUCUUUUUGGUAA